CAAGUAGAGCCAAACCAAAGCGAUCCAGUUUGCGUCGCAGCGCAUCGAAGGCAGUCGUCGACUGUUCGCUGUACACAGCUGAUUUGGUCAAUUUAACGUUCCUAACGAGUUGCGUUUUGUCACCAUGGUGUGCGAAAAGUGUGAGAAGAAGCUCGGCAAAGUGAUCACCCCGGACCCGUGGAAAGCCGGAGCUCGCAACACCACCGAAGGUGGCGGCAGGAUGAUCAACGAAAACAAGGCCCUGACAGCGAAAAAGGCACGGUUCACGCCUUACGGGAAAUUCGCCGAGUGCCGCAUCUGUCGCCAGAAAGUGCACCAGGUGGGCUCAAACUACUGCCAGGGCUGCGCCUAUAAGAAAGGGAUCUGCGCUAUGUGCGGGAAGAAGAUUCUCGAGACCAAGAACUACAGGCAGUCGUCGACUUGAGAUGUGCGUUUGAUCGCUACACUUCCAAGACUAUCUGUUUGAACGCACCAGCGUUCCAUCAGCCUGCUUUGUGAACCAUCGAGGAGUGCGCAGCGCUCGCAAAACGACGACAGGGACUCGCCUGGUGUGUUGUUCCAAAGCUGUUUUUAUUCACAUGUAAAACAUAUUUACAAAGGCGUUCACCCGUGAACCGAGUCGUACACUACGCACCCCUCCCCGCUUUUUUUUUUCUUUCCUUACAGGCCUGGUGCGAUCGGGCACAAUCUGACAAAAUAAGUUACACUUCUCUGUCAUUGAAGGCCUAGUUGGUUGUAAUAAAUAAAUAUGUACAAAC